GAGAAGAGAGCGAACGCUGGAAAGGCGGAAGGAGAGUCGCGCAAAGUAUCGCGUUCGUCACGCAUCGGGCGUCCGCCUCGGCUGGCUGGAAGAGGCGCACCGUUUCCCAGGGGAAAAUGAGAGCGACGUCCUCGUGCUCGUGAAACUAAAGGUGGAAGAAAGAAGUAACGUGACGCUCGAGAGGACGGGAGAUGUACGGCGCCGAGAGGGAGGAGGUGUCUGAAAGCUGGCAACACACGUAUGACCUGAGCAGCACCAUGAUUCCCAACGUGAGUACGGCGAUCGACGUCGAGGAGCACUUCUGCAAGCACAUCCUCUACAAGGAAAUUCAAGACUCGAGAGUACGGAUAUGGGACGUUGUGAUUUUAGUACCGAAUCUCCUGUUCCUUCUGUUCAUCGCAAUGCGGUUUAACCGUGCAAGGCUAAAGUUACGUGCUACGAGCAGCCCAAUAUUCCUGGCGUUUUACGGUCUGGUCAUCUGUAACAUAGUUAUAUCAGUGAUACGAUGCGUGGUGUCAAUGACGGUGAACGCCGCAGCGACCGUCGGCGGUAAGGCCGACAAAGUGCUGUGGGUCACAGUGAGAUUUUUUCUGCUGUGUACCGAGAUGAGCGUAGUUAUAUUCGGUUUAGCGUUCGGUCACCUGGACAGCCGCUCGAGCAUUCGUAGAGUGCUGCUCGCCACGUCGCUCAUAGCUUUGGCAUUCACGAUCACUCAAGGAACACUGGAAUUGGUCCUGCCGGAUGACACGUUCCACAUUCCCAGCCGAGACUUUUACGUGUUCGGCCACGGCGGCAUGAUGUUUUGGUUUUGCAGCAGUCUCGUUUUUACUACGAUAUAUCUCUUUAUAUUAAUACUGCCAUGGACACGGUUGCGGGACCGCCUAGCACUUCCUACGCGGAAAAGCUUUUACGUCUAUGCCGGAACGUUGGCGACGUUGGACCUGGUGCAAUCGAUCGGCGCGGGCUUUCUCAACUACACGCAAAAUCCAGUGGGUCUGUGCAUCGUGGACUUCACGGCGGCGAUCUAUCUGACUCUCUUUACUCCCUUCGUUUACUAUACGUUCCUGUCGGAAUUCUUCGGGGUCUCGCAACCUACAAUAAUGUUUUCGUACAAAGCGCAAGUCGACGACGCGAUGGACGAAGACACGGUGUCGUUGCCGCACCAACAGAGCUUCUCGUCCUUGAAAACCGACAGCGAUUACAUCUAUCAGGUCCAUACUCCUUCUAUUCACAUGCCGCUAUAUGAUUCCCAGGCAUCCUCCAAGUCCUCCAAGCAGGGUGCUUCUCUCCACUCUUUAACAUCCGCUAAAGGCCGCAAAAGUAGUUACGCAGCUUCUUACGAUUCACAUGGUGCACUGUACCGCUCGACUUUCGGUGUUAGGAGGUUCGACAGGCCCGCCAGCACGGAGAAGGGUAUCUCAGAAUUGGUUCACUAUCCCUUGAUCAGGUCCAGCGCUUUGCCCGUCGUACAGAAAAGCGUGCCAGAUCUGAGAAGUCCCAGUCCGAUCCGGGAGAGCAGCUCCGCACCAGUAACGCACUUUAAGUACCAGGCUCCCGGUAGCGUCUCGAACUUUCUCCUCCCGGGCGAUACCGCCAGUAACUUCCUCUACAAACCGGGAACGAACGACAGUAGCGUCAAUCUGUUUUCUCAAACGAGGAAGAGUAGUUUAGAGACCCUUGAUAAAACGGUUAUGUUGUACGCCACGCUCGAAAAUAUUUCGCGCAGACACAGUAGCAGCCUGGAGGCACCGGCUCCAGCGCUCGAGAAUACCUUGCAGUCGAUCUUGGACAGCGGCACUGUCGAAAGCAAAACGGAGAAUACCCAAGGCUCUCGCUUAACGACGAGCGACAUGGAGAAAGUGGGUAAGGAAAGCGCCGCUGUCGCGGGUCCGAGUCAUCUUGACGCCAAGAUGUCCUUUAAGAUUCACUCCGACGAUACGUUACCUGGAACGCGCGAUAUCUUAAACGUCACGCAGGAAUUUCUGCCCGCGCCCGUUUCCAUAACCGGCGCCAAAAGAAAGAGCAGAAACGACUCGAGGGCAGGCGAGCAGGGCGGUUUGAGCGAUUACCUGCUGUCCAUAACGUCCCCGAAAAUCCGGAAACUGUCUAGGAAUGACGGUAGCCAGCCUCCCGAUCCCUCCCGAGAUUCAGACCUCCACACGCAAACUGAGUCUUUGUAAAUAGCUUGUGUGUCGAUACGUAUCGGCUGUAGUCGAUUUACUGUUGUACCUGUACAUAACGUAGAUGAUACUUCCAGGUUUUGCGUUGAUAUUAUUAUUACUUGUUUUAAUCCACGGGUGAAACAAAUCAAGAUUUGUAUAUUGAGUUGUCGUGCUGUUAUUAUUAUACAUGUGUUUAAUAAUCUUUUACGCAUUAUAACGCGUGGUGAAGUGCCGCUCGAGUGCUUUAUCUAACUGUAAAUAUCUCAAGCAUGUCUAGGAAUAUCUUAUAAUUAAACGUAUUGAUGUAGCCAA